CAAAAAAAAAACAUAUUCGGUCCAUUAGGCGGGCUGGGUUGCUGCACCCGGUUAACCCAGGUCUAACCCGGCCCGUUGACACUCCCAAACCGAGGGAGGUCUACAAGCCGUUUAGUUCCUCGAAGAGAAGGACUAGUCAUUUUGGGAUUUUUAGGGUUUUAGUCUGUUUUCGCCUGAAAACUGCUACUGCUGAGACAUCAUGACUGCUCAGACCCAAGAAGAGCUCCUAGCUGCCCACCUCGAACAGCAAAAGAUCGAUCCUGAUGAGCCUGUGCUUGAUGAUGAAGAUGAUGAGGAUGAGGAUGACGACGAUGACAAGGAUGAAGACGAUGUUGAAGGACAAGAAGGAGAUGCAAGCGGGAGGUCAAAGCAAAGCAGGAGUGAAAAGAAGAGUCGGAAGGCAAUGCUGAAACUUGGGAUGAAGCCAAUACCAGGUGUCAGUCGUGUUACUGUCAAGAAGAGCAAGAAUAUUCUGUUUGUCAUCUCCAAACCAGAUGUUUUCAAGAGCCCUGCUUCGGACACAUACAUUGUGUUUGGAGAAGCCAAAAUUGAGGAUUUGAGCUCACAGUUGCAGACUCAAGCUGCGGAGCAGUUCAAGGCACCCAAUUUGAGUCAAGUGAUAUCAAAGCCUGAGUCGCCGGUCAUCGCACAAGAUGAUGAAGAUGUGGAUGAGACAGGUGUGGAGCCAAAGGACAUUGAGUUGGUGAUGACACAGGCCGGGGUGUCAAGGUCAAAGGCUGUGAAGGCACUCAAGGCUGCAGAUGGAGACAUCGUUUCUGCUAUUAUGGAAUUAACAAACUAGGAAUCCAAUUCAUACGGAUGUUUUUAUUGUGCUAGUAAUUGUUCCAUCUCUAGGCUUAUGGCCAGAUAUAAAGUUUAUGUUCUAUUCUGUUCUGCUUUUUUCAGUGUUUUGUUUUACUGUGUAUUAGUUUGUAUUUUUUUUUUUUUUUUAAAUCUAAAAUUUUGAA